AUGCCCGGAGCGGCGCAAGGAGGUACCUGUGGAGCCUCGAGGGAGCUGGACCGGAGCGUCCCGGGAGCCGGGCGGGCGCUCAGUGCCGGCAGCGGGGCCGUGAUGUCACCGCAGGAGGGAGAGGAGGACGGGGAGGAAGGGGCGGCCCGAUGCGACCGCGCCCAGCACACGCCCGGCCCGGGGGGCUCCGUCGGGCCUCGGGGGCUCUCGGGGCCCCCCGGGCCGGGAACGGAGUCGGGGCCGGGUGAUCGCCGGUGUUUCAGCACCUGCGGCCGGCGGACAGCACGGCCCGGCCGCGUCCCCGCGCCCCGGAGCAUCCCCGGGGAUCCCCCGGCGGAGCCCCCUGAGGGGCUUCGCUCCCGCGUCUCUCCCGCCCGCCUUCCCGUGCCCUUCCCGGCCCGGACCCGUGUCCCGGCCCGUGCCCGGCCCGUCCGUCCGGCCCGGCCCGGAUUCCCGUUGCACUAUGCCCUGCCCGUCCCCGUGUCCCGUCCCGUGGCCGGCCGAGGACCGGCAAGACCGGCCCGGCACGGCUUCAGCCGGCCCGGCCCGGCAGCCGUGCCCGGCCAGUGUCCCACCUUCAAGCGCGAGGCUGACUCCGAGGUCCCGGAGCCGUUCGCGGCCGAAGCCAAAUUCUUCACGGAGUCACGGCUGCUCCAGAGGGACGUGCAGAUUGUCCUGGAGAGCUGCCACAACCAGAACAUCCUGGGCACCAUCCUGCACCCCAACGGGAAUAUCACGGAGUUGCUGCUGAAGGAGGGCUUUGCCCGCUGCGUGGAUUGGUCCAUCGCCGUCUACACCCGCGGCGCCGACAAACUGCGCGCGGCCGAGAGGUUUGCCAAGGAGCGCAAGCUGAGGAUCUGGAGGGAUUACGUGGCCCCCACGGCCAACCUGGAUCAGAAGGACAAACAGUUCGUGGCCAAGGUGAUGCAGGUGCUCAACGCCGACGCCAUCGUGGUGAAGCUCAACUCCGGGGACCACAAAACCAUUCACCUGUCCAGCAUCCGGCCACCGCGGCUCGAGGGGGACAGCGCCCAGGACAAGAACAGGAAGCUGAGGCCCCUCUACGACAUUCCCUACAUGUUCGAGGCCCGGGAAUUCCUGCGCAAGAAGCUGAUCGGGAAGAAGGUGAACGUUUCCGUGGAUUACAUCCGUCCUGCCAGCAGUGCCACCGACACGGUGCCAGCCUUCUCGGAGCGCACCUGUGCCACCGUCUCCAUCGGCGGGAUCAACAUCGCGGAGGCUCUGGUCAGCAAGGGCCUGGCCACGGUGCUGCGCUACCGGCAGGACGACGACCAGCGCUCGGCGCACUACGAUGAGCUGCUGGCGGCCGAGGCCCGGGCCAUCAAGAACGGGAAGGGGCUGCACAGCAAGAAGGAGGUGCCCAUCCACCGGGUGGCCGACAUCUCCGGAGACACGCAGAAGGCGAAGCAGUUCCUGCCCUUCCUGCAGCGCGCCGGCCGCUCGGAGGCCGUGGUGGAGUACGUGUUCAGCGGCUCCCGCCUGAAGCUCUUCCUGCCCAAGGAAACGUGCCUGAUCACCUUCCUGCUCGCAGGGAUCGAGUGCCCGCGGGGUGCCCGGAACGUGCCGGGGCUGGCGCAGGAGGGGGAGCCCUUCAGCGAGGAGGCCACGCUGUUCACCAAGGAGCUCGUGCUGCAGAGGGAGGUUGAGGUGGAGGUGGAGAGCAUGGACAAGGCCGGGAAUUUCAUCGGGUGGCUGCACAUCGAGGGCGUGAACCUGUCGGUGGCGCUGGUGGAGCAGGCGCUGUCCCGCGUCCACUUCACGGCCGAGCGCAGCCCCUACUGCAAGGCCCUGCUGGCGGCCCAGGACGCGGCCAAGCAGAGGAAGGAGAAGGUGUGGUCCCACUACGAGGAGACGCCGGUGGAGGAGGUGGUGCCGGUGCUGGAGGAGAAGGAGCGCACGGCCAACUACAAACCCGUGUUCGUCACCGAGAUCACCGACGACCUCCACUUCUACGUGCAGGACGUGGAGACGGGUGCCCAGCUGGAGAAGCUGAUGGAGAACAUGCGUGCCGAGGUGGGCGCCCACCCGCCCGUGGAGGGCUCCUUCGUCCCGCGCCGCGGCGACUUCUGCAUCGCCAAGUUUGUCGACGGGGAAUGGUACCGUGCCCGGGUGGAGAAGGUGGAGUCUGGUGGCAAAGUGCACAUUUUCUACAUUGACUACGGCAACAAGGAGACGCUGCCCCCCAGCCGCCUGGCCCCGCUGCCCCCGGCGUUCUCUCCGCGGGUGCUGCCGCCCCAGGCCACCGAGUACACCUUUGCCUUCAUCCAGGUGCCGCAGGACGAGGAGGCGCGGGCGGACGCCGUGGACAGCGUGGUGAGGGACAUCCAGAACACGCAGUGCCUGCUGAACGUGGAGCACCUGGGCCCCGGCUGUCCCCACGUCACCCUGCAGUUCGCAGACUCCAAGAGCGACGUGGGGCUGGGGCUGGUCAAGGAGGGGCUGGUGAUGGUGGAGCCCCGCAAGGAGAGGCAGUUCCAGAAAGUGGUCACCGAGUACCUGAACGCGCAGGAGGCGGCCAAGAGCGCGCGGCUGAACCUGUGGCGUUACGGCGACUUCCGCGCGGACGACGCCGACGAGUUCGGCUACAGCCGCUGAGGGGCCGGGGGGGCUCCGGGGGCGCCCCCAACCCCCCGGGCCCCCCCAGCCCGGCCCUGCCCCCGGCGGGGGCAGCCAGGGGGGCGUGCUCGGGGGGGAGGGGCGCCCUCAGCCCCCCGGCCCUGCCUUGGCCCCCCCAGCCCCCCAAACCCUGGCCUGUAUUUAAAGCUGCAGAGGCCCAAUAAACGUAGUGAAGCGUC